UUUUAUUCUUCCCCCAACCACCUCGCCCUUCGCCUCCAACACCAUUCCCCCCCCCUCCAUCUUUACAGCUUUUUUCCCACUGUUGUAGCCGUUCAAUUGGACCUCAUCACCAGAUAGACUCUCCUUUCUCUUUUCUAUUUUUCAGUUAUUCUUUGUAAAUCAUGGCCACUACUGAUAACUCUACCUACAUUCAACCCAUCAUCUCAACUGAUGGUACUCUUGGCCAUUUGACCCCUGAACAAACAGAGACAUUGAAGCAGUUCUGGGCUUGUCUUUAUGACAUAUUCGAUGGCAAGACGGCAUUUGAUCAAACCAUCCCCACUUCGUUUAAAGGCCAAGCUCAAGAAGAACCGAAUGCCCUUGUUCAAAAAUCAAGCUGGUUUGGACGUGGGAAGCCUGCUUCUGAGAGUGGUCCAGUUGUACCACGCUUCACGGGUGAAGAUCUGAAGAAGGCUUAUUGGAAGCUGACUAUGAUGGAUCAUCCAGACGUUGUUAUACUCAAGUUUAUCCGUGCUCGUAAAUGGGUUUUGGAUGAUGCCCUCAAGAUGUUCUUGAACACUUUGAAAUGGAGGAUUGUCGAGCGUCUCGAUGAACUAAUUGAAUUGUCAGACGUCGAACUGGAUGCCAAAUAUCCAAAGUUCCUUGAACAAUUGCACAAGGGUAAAGGGUACCUUCAUGGUGCAGAUCCUUUGGGCCGCCCCCUGACUUUCAUCAAUCCACGCUUCCACCACAAGGCCGAUCAACCUUCUGAGACUACUUAUCGCUUCACACUCUAUAAUAUGGAGCAUGGCCGUACACUUCUCCCUCAGGGCACUGAAAAUGUCAUUGUAAUCUUUGAUCUCUCCAACUUUGGUCUCGACAACAUGGACUGGGGCUUCGUUCGUCUCUUUGUUCAAUGCUUCGAAUCAUACUACCCGGAGACCCUCGGAGUCUGUGUCGUCCAUCGUGCUCCUUUUGUAUUCUGGGGUCUCUGGAAACUCAUCCAGCCCUUGCUUGAUCCUGUUGUUGCUUCCAAAUUUGUGUUCACACGCAAUAAUGCUGAGUUACACAAAAUAAUUCCACGUGAUCGAUUGCCCAUUAACCACUUUGACGGUCUGGAUGAUUGGACAUAUGAAUACAUUUCUGCACAAGAGAACGAGAAUGACCACAUGAAGGACUCUGCAAAGAAAGAGGAGCUUUUGAGGGAGCGCCAUGAGCUUGAGGCAAAGUUUGAUAUUGCCACCAGGGCCUGGAUCAAGGAAUCUGAAGGAACUAGCUCUGAUGAGAGGGACGAAAUUGCCAAGAAUAUUAGGGAACAAUAUGCCCGACUCAGCCCAUAUAUCCACGCCGCCAGCGUUUAUCGUCGACGGGGUGUCGCUGUCAAUGGACAGAUCAACUGGACUUAUAAUAUCAAGGAUGAUAAUUAAGAUGUUUAGAUGUGUCUGUGUAUGUAUAUUCCAUAUAAAAUCAUAAUCAUUUAACCCACUAAAAAAGAAUAGAAAUUAAGAGUAAUAAGAGUAAUAAAACUUCUCAAACAUGAC